UUUUCAGGUGUGGUUAGUCAAAAGUGCUAUGCCUGCCUAGACCAGGAUGAGAACACAGGGAAAUGCACAACUACUGUGGAAAACUGUAACUAUGGUGAAGACUAUUGCCUGUCAGAAAUCAAAUGGGGAAGUACACCAUAUUGGGAAAUUGGUGCUCCCAUGCAGUACUACAUUAGCAAGAGAUGUGCCUCAAUAGAUGAGUGCACCGCUACGAUAAACAAGUACAUGGCCAACUGUGUUCGCAUUUGGUGGAAAGACUGGAAAUGUGCAGAGUGUUGUAAAGGAGAUCGAUGCAACUAUUACAUUACUCUUGGAUCCUCUUCAGUGACCUCGAGCAUCUUCGUAACAGCAAUGGGUUGUGUUCUUGUGGUGGCUCUACACUGGUUUAAUUAGCACCUCAAAACAGCUUUACAAUGACAGCAUUUGGUGAUAGAGCAACGAACGAUUCUCAGUGUCACGUAGCUCAACAGGUUAUAUGUUGAAUAAGUGUUCUUUCAGGUACUUACAUUCUUACCAAAGCUCAAAGAGUCCAUUUCAUGCACAUAUUUCUGUGCUUUAGUGGAAGAAGGCCAAAUUAUGAAAAGUAUAGUAGUAUACUGUAUAUGGUUAUUUUUUUGUGGUGAAGUCUUACUACCUUAAGAAAUAUUGUGAUUAAAUGUAUUUUUAUUGCAUGUAAGAUACAUGAUGAAUUUAUAUAUAGUGUUCUUGAUGUAAGAUUCCAGAACUGACUGUAUCUCAGCUUUGUUAUGUUGAUUUUUACACUUUUUGGCUGUACAAGUAUUUUGGAAUUAUGCAGAAUUUAACUUGUCUUUGAGAUUUCCAUAUAACUUCAUACAAACUACUGUAGUAGUACCUUAAGGGAAGCUAUAUUCUUUAAAUUCAUAAACAAAGGUCAACAGUGAUAUAUUUGCAGAUUUUAAUUCCGUCCAAUUAUUGUGUGCAUUGGUUUUUUGAGAAGUAUAAUUUCUAUGAUGAGAAAGUAGGCGGUACUUGAUGAUAUGAAAUAGUAGGCUUAGGUUUCUUUGAAUGUAAUUAAAUUGAAUUUUUCAGGUUUUUCCUGGCAAUUUUUAAUAUGUUUAAUGAAUAGUGUUUUAUUAUUUAAGUUAUAGACAUUAGAGAUGAAGGUUAAGUAAAUCUUGCAGGAAAGAAGCCGAUCUGAUUUUUAUUAUGCAUUAUUUUAUAAAUGACGCAUCUAGAAUUAAUUAAUGUUUUGAAGAAAUUUGUAAUAGUAAAAGGAAUUCUUAAUUUUAAUCGAAACUUUGUUUUUACAUAGUGUUUAUGGAGUUUUGUUGUGAUUUUCAUUUUAAAGAUACAUUUUACAGAUUUUAUGAGUAGUAUUAAGAUAUUGAGAAUUAUAUUAAUAGGUUACAUUUUUUAAUUUGUGGAAUUGUUUUAAUGCAAAUGUAUUUCAAAACAUUAUUAUAGGAAAAGCUGGGAAAAGCUGUCUUGUGUUGUGAUUCCUCUCAAAUGAAGUGGAAAUGAAGUGGUAGAAGGAAUUUGAUAUCUCAUUGAAAUAAGUUUUUCCCCAUGCAGCUAAUCACAGUAAUAAAGUACAUGAUCUCCGUCCAAAGCAUUUGAAAUUUUGCUUAAUGUGAUCACUUACUUCCAUUUUAAAAUCCGUCCAGUUUUAUCGGAAGGAAGCUUUGAAUUGGUGAAUGGGAUUGUAAAGAAUAUGAAUUGUCAGCAAAAACAAUACUGUACAAAGGUUGAGGAUUUAUACUUUAGGAUACAGUAUUUUAUCUUUUAUAAAGUAUUGCAUUUUAUAGUCUUCAGAUGAGUGUAAGUGGCAAUAAUUUAAGUGAUAUGGAACAAAUUAGCAAGUUGAGGUUUUGUAAGUACGUAUACUGUAUGAUAAAUAAGUGAACAGUAGGAUUUGGAAUUAAACUUAAUUAGGGUGUUUCAAACAUUCCAUUUGUUCUGCCAGUGAAUUUUUAAGGACUGGAAAGCUUAUUGUAGAUCAAAAAUAAUAAUAAGGCCACAUGUUCUGCAUUUUGUGGUGGUUGGUAGUCUUUUAUCUGCAUCCACAUGACUGUUUGCACUCUUUGGUCCAUCUAGUUUUUUUGCUCAAUAAUAUGGUUUUAGCUCAAAGCAACACAAAUAGCAUACUGAAAAUUAGAAGCAUAAAGAAAUGAUGCUACGUAGUUAUAGAAAAUUCUUUGGGACAAUUUAUGUACUGAAGAAGGCCAAAGAAAAGGAAUUUGGCCAGCAAUUUAUUUUCAAUUUUUUCUUUUGAACAUAAGUAGUAAAACAAUUUGCAAACAAUUAUGUCAUUAAAUUGUUAAUAGACCUUUAAAGAUGUUUAUUGUACCGAAGGGGGUGGAGAUUAAUCUGUAAUCUUGUAUUAAUUACAUAUAUUCCCAUGUGUUGGUAAAGCAUUGCAUAUUUCUGUCACAGGCCAUAGAAUAUAUAUACA